AUUGACUCGUUCUCUAGACUCUACUACUAGAUUUUUAAUUAAUUCUUUCUUUCUAUCUCAUCGUAUUUCUCUCCCUCCACCCACCUUAUCAAACCAACCGAGACUUCAACAACAAACAGGUUCGCAAAAAUGUUCGAAUUCACCAGAAUCCACACCAAAGAAGACCACGAAGGUGACAUCGAGCAGGGAACUCUGUACCCCGGACUCAGCCAUGGUGAAAACGUCCUUCGUUGGGGCUUCAUCCGCAAGGUUUACGGCAUUCUCGCUGCUCAGAUGGUCCUCACCACCGCCGUUUCCUUUCUCACCGUUCUUUAUGCUCCGAUCAACGACCUUCUUCGUGGAAAUUCUGGCCUCUUGAUGUUUCUUGUCUUCUUGCCGUUUGUUCUGUUGUGGCCGUUGCAUGUGUAUCAACAAAAGCACCCACUCAACUUGGUUUUCCUUGGACUCUUCACAGCAUCUCUGAGUCUGACUGUAGGUGUAAGCUGCGCCGCCAACACAGAUGGAAAGAUCGUCCUCGAAGCGUUGAUUUUAACGUCAGCAGUGGUUUCAUCUCUGACUGCAUACACUUUCUGGGCAUCAAAGAAGGGCAAAGACUUCAGCUUCCUGGGACCCAUUUUGUUCACCAGUCUCGUCAUUCUUUUGGUCACUAGUUUCAUGCAGGUGUUCUUCCCACUUGGACCUGCUACAAAUGCCAUUAUUGGUGGAUUUGGUGCGGUGUUGUUUUCUGGGUACAUAAUCUACGACACAGAAAACUUGAUUAAGCGAUUUACAUACGAUGAAUACAUCUGGGCAUCAGUCACUCUCUAUCUUGACAUAUUGAACCUCUUCCUUUCAAUCCUGCGGAUGCUGAGACAAGGAGACAAUUAGACAUCACAAUGUAUGUUAAGCAUGCUUUGCUUAUCUUGAAUAACAUGUUCAUCAUCUAUCCUUUUGUUUUUUGUUGAUCUAUAAAAAUCCAUAGCACAUUAUGACCAGCAAUUUGUAAGUAUGAUAAUCAAAGUGUUUUGUGAUGUAAUGAUUAUGAUACUCUUUCAUUAAAGAAUGCUAGUGUGUAAA